AAUUUAAUUUCAUAAAGAGGGUAUUUUAGGCUGAAAAACAUCUACAGAAUUCUUACAAGAAAAAAGCAACAAUUGAUGGAAAUAAUGGAAAAAAAAACUCAGACCUCCUGCUUUUCCCUUCCUUUUACCAUAAUGUGAUGCCAGGCAUACUAAUAAGUGCAAUGGUAAGAUCAGAACAGUGAGUGAAUGUGGAUUUUUCUGAAACAAAGCUUUAUGUCUUUCGCCCGAUUUCACGAGGAAUCGAUACCGGUUUCAGAUAUCAGCCCUCAUAGGACGCAUUCCUGUCUUUGGCCCUGUCCCCUCACAUAGAGGAUCUACCUGUGUGGGUGACCCGGAUGGACGCUUCUGAUUGGAUAACGGUGACGUUCGGAUGGUGGGAAGGGAUUAUAAGUGCAGCCAUGGCACCACAGAAGUUCAGCCCUGAUCGAGAUUCUAACGGUCUGAACCUGCCAGAGUAACCAGCUUCUCCUGACAGAUCCUCAUUUUCGCCCUUUUUCCAACAUGAACAGAAUUGUUUUCCUUUUUGCCGUCGGAGUCUGCUUUGCCAUUGGCCAAGCUCUGGAGUGCUACAAAUGCAGCAUUGGCUUCGGCAGCCUGUGCAUAACCACGAAAACCACAUGCAAUGAAGGGGAACUCUGCUUCAGUGGUGUCGGCAAAGCAGCUGGCUUUGUGGAUAUCAAAAUGAAGGGCUGCCUCGAACGAUCAAAAUGCAACGCUUCUGAAGAGGUGAACUUCCCCACCAGUAACUCCAACGCCACCCUCUACCAAAUGCUGAAGACGUGCUGCGACGGCGACCUGUGCAACGCUGCCCCCGGCCUGCCCGGGACUUCUGUCCUGAGCCUGGCAGUCGCCACCAUCUCUGCCAUGUUUGCUGCCAAUGCGUUGGUUUGACGGAGGACACGGCAGCCGAAGGUUGACACGGAGUAAAAACAGCCAUCACACUCCAUUGCUCACUACAGAGGAAUUCAAUUAAAUGCUCUCCUAGGGCACAACCUUUAACCAGAGCUUUUGACCCAUUUUCUCACCUGGUUCUUGUUUACUGUGUUUGAGGUGUAUUUUUAUUUUUAAAAACUUUGUAUAAUUUGAAUUGUUUUCUUACAUUGUAUGAUAUAUAGAUCAGUCCUCGUUCACUUUGAGACCCUUUUCAAAUCUGGGAUAUAUAACAUAAGUCUAUCCGUCAGUUUGUUACAGAAGUAGCAUUACGUCAGUAAGUCAUUAAGCUGAGAAUCGAUGAAAUAUAUCAAGAAAGCCAAGUGCUCACAGUUGAAGCUUUGAACAUGUAAAAUCACCAUAAAAAUUCUUAGUGUGGUUGUGGAAGUUUCAUAAAACCCAAUUUUUCCACACAUUAACACUUAUAUGAUAGUCUGUAAUGAUAUUUAACCAUUAGGUCUUAUGCUUACUGAAAUUAUUUAGCCAAAAAUAAACGAUAUCAAGCCAGAAACCAUGCAGCACCGUGUCAAACGAAUGUCAUGAAAACCAAACAAAUAAAGAAAAAGCUCCUGUGGCAUUUGUCUGAAUAGAUUUCCACUUCCGUGUGUGUGCCCGCAAGUUAGUGCGCCAUCAGCAAUUCUAAAUUGUCCGGUGUUAAAAGUCAAAUGUAAAUGUUCUUAGCUUCGACUUGGAGCUACAAACAGGAAGUAAUUGUAAUGUGGCAUUGACAUAUUCCGUUUUUCUGACGUCUGAAAAGAAGCAUCACAAAUUUAUUGGUGGCAAAGACCUAUGUCAAUUCAGUUUAAAAAAACACAUUCACGUCUGUUGGGUUGAUGUGAAAUAACAGUUACCCAACAGCAAAACACCGGAGACAAGAGAAAAUGUCUGCAUACAAACACAUUUGUAACAGCAAUAAAAACUUGAAUGUUUUUUUUCCCAUGUAACUCAGCAGUUUUCAAGUAAAGCCUGGCUAAUGGUUUCCCACCAUUUGUAAUUUGUCAGAUAAGCUAAUCUAAUAUGUUCACAUUUUCCAAAAGGUCCAACCAGUCUUCUGAUUAAUGGCUUUAAGUAACCUGUAUCUUCAUUAUAGAGUCAACGUCUUGUUCACUUAUCUCGGGAUUUCGUCUUGUAAAAAAAUAUUCUUAUAUAUCUGUCUGUUUUUUAUUUUUGACAUUGGUAUCACAUCUUUACUGCACAUUUCCUAAACUGUAGAAUAUAAAAAUUGUGUCUCGUUUUGAACAUGUGUAUAUUUUCAGGAUGUAUGGGGCCGAUGUGAAUAAACUGUGCUGUGUGCAGGUGGGGAUGGGUUAUUUAGAUGACUUUGUCAAUUUAGAUUUGAACAAGUUCUCGUUUUUAAAAGAAACACUCAUCACACUUUUGUCAAAUUGGCCUGAAUUUUUAACGUAAAUUGUUUCCCUGUAAAAUUAGCAGAUGAAUAAAUGUCUAAGGUGGGAAGGAAAAUGCUUCUGUGUAUUUCUGUGGUGUGGUUUAACUUGUUAAUAGUAACAGAGUUAUUAUCCUCUUGCAAGACUGGUUUUGCAGCAUUGAUUCAGCUUCUAUGUAAGAGGGAGUUGAUUAGUAUUUUGGUGCAGAAGAAAAACGCUAAUUAAGCACAGUCAUGAAUCAAAUAAAUAAAUAAAAAGAACCGUCUUGGAAGAUGACUUCUCAAACAAAUUCUGAAGCAGCUGGCGUCAAUUCAUUUAGAACAAUAAGUCCCUCAUGAAAAAGUUACAACAUUUCUACUUUUUUAGACUUUAUUGACAAUGUCAUUUCUGCUGCUUUAUAUUUAUUUUUUGUGUUGUGUUUUCCCCCUCAACAUAGGG